CAAUACUGGGGAGGGUUGCCAAGUCUCGGUUUUCUUCGAGCGAGCGGACCUAGGGGCUUAAUGAUGGCGGAAGAAGGGGGGAUCGGAGGGAAAAGGGGAGGGCCUAAAGGGAAGCAGGGAACCAAAGGACAGAAGCAGAUUGUGGAGGAGAACAAGGCCACAAUUAAGUUCUACCUGUAUGUCAUAGCAGGUGCAAAUGCUUUGUAUCUACUUCCAACACUGUUCCUCUACUGGGACUCUUUCUCAUGGGUGACUGGGUGCCUGUUGGGUUUCGCCACCCUGGUGUACCUAGCCUCGCUCCAGUCCAUGCGGAGUAUGGCACGGCCGACGUACUCAGAGUCAGGCGCCCUGAUGGACGGUGGGAUUGAUCUCAACAUGGAGUCAGGCAUGGCAGAGCACCUGAAGGAUAUAGUUUUACUGACUGCCAUAGUCCAGGUCAUCAGUAUAUUCUCAAACUACUUCUGGCUACUCUGGCUGCUGGUGCCUGGUUAUGCCUUCUACCUGCUGUGGGUGAACAUCCUGGCACCCUGGAUCUUUGCACCUGCUCCAGAGGUCGAUGAAAAGAAAAUGAAGAAGAUGGAGAGGAGAGUAGGGAAGCAACGAUUUUGAAACAAUUGCCUAGUUAGAUACAUGUAUAAAGUUUCCAAAAAGUGUUACAUGUAUGUAGCAUCAUGUGUGAUUUGGCCAUGCAGAAGUAGAAUUCAUUAUCCGAUGUUAGUUCAUCUUUUAAAGAGAAAUAAAAAUGCUAAUAUGGUAGUCAUGUACUAUAAAGAGGACUGUUCUUACAGAAUACAUUUGUACUUUGAUCACUCUUACCUUAUUUUACUUAAUAUAGCCUAAAGAUAGCUCUCUAUAUAAACAGCACUCCAGAAAAGUGUCAUCUGACCAUUGAUUGUCAUCAAUUGAAGUACAGCAUAGAAUGAAUUUGUGUAGGUAUAAAAGUUAACUGCUAGUACAUGUAAUUGUAAAGAAACAGUUCUUGCUUGCGUAUCAACUACCGUACAUGUAUUUAAGUUUAGUCAACCAAAUAGCACUCGUGUUGGUACCACAUGCAGCUAACAGGCAUUAGAACAGGGUAUCAGCAACCUUUUUUCAGGGAGUUAGUUAAAGUAAAGGUGUGUGCUUACAUGGUAUCCUUCAUAUGGAUGAAUCAAUCUCCAAAAAAAUGAAUCUCCAAUAUGCAUUUGUAUGAAGACCAGAAACAGCUGAUAUACAUGUAGUUUUCUUAUACUAUUACAGGAAUAUCUGGCUACAUUUAACAGGAAAUAAACUACAAAUUCAGUGAUAAAAGACAUCAUCACAUGAAA